UUCGAAUGGAUAUUCCAGAACAUUAAAAAGUCAAUUCAGUUUAUUUAUGAAUCUGUAAUGGCAGAUAAUUUCACCACGAUCUGAUAAAAACUGGUGUAUAUUAAUCAAGCUGUUGGUCCAAGUGUUCAACAGAAUUUUCGUGAUACGUUACAGCGCUAGUUCUCGUUACAUUCAGGCGCCAAGUUCCUGGCUUACCAUGCCUCCUAAGCUUGAUCCUACUGCUGUUACUUAUUGUUACCUGAGAGUUAUUGGUGGUGAGGUUGGUGCAACAUCGUCUUUAGCACCGAAAAUUGGUCCUCUUGGCUUGUCUCCUAAAAAAGUCGGUGACGAUAUCGCAAAAGCAACUCAAGAAUGGAAAGGUCUUCGUAUUUGUGUUAAAUUGACUAUCCAGAAUCGACAAGCGACCAUCAGUGUUGUUCCUACGGCUUCUUCUCUCAUAAUCAAAGCCCUUAAGGAAGAGCCUCGUGAUAGGAAGAAAGUAAAGAACAUAAAACACAAUGGGAAUUUGACAUUUGAUGAGAUAAUAGAAAUUGCACGAACGAUGAGACCCAGAAGCAUUGCCCGUGAGCUUUCUGGAACAGUAAAAGAGGUUCUGGGAACGGCAAGAUCUGUCGGCUGUACAGUUGAUGGUCAAUCUCCUCAAGUCAUAAUCGAGAAAGUAAAUGCUGGGGAAAUAUCGGUACCUGCAGCGUAGUUGCAAAUAAAAUUUUGAGCAUAAACUAAAUAUCUUAAAAUUUGAUGUAAAAUAUUUUUCAGAACACCUUUCCGGGGUGUUUUUAUUUAUUUAUCCACAUUGUAUGAACUGAAAUAAAACGAAUUCAUCUUAC